AGCCCAGUGCCUGUGGUCACAUAAUAAGCAGCUUCCCUUGUGUCACCUGCAACACUCAUCUCCUGACAUUUCGCCGUCAGCAGCCCUCGUGAAGCUCGCGGCAUCAUGGCAGGCUUCGGGGAGCGUAUUACCGAGUCUCCAUUCGAAGGACCGAAGCAGUUCCAGCCGACUCGCUCGUACGCCACCAGAAAGACAGUCGCAGAAGGUCUGCUGGACAUCGCCCUCCUGCUGGCCAACGCCUCGCAACUGAAGGCCAUGGUCACCCUGCCUUCGGACAAACGAGACCAUUUCUUCGUCGCACAAAUAGUUCUCAUCGGGCUCUCCAUUCUUCUUCAGAUAGUGACAGGUGUCAUUCUCUUCACUCUCGGGAUGAUGAAUCCCAAAGACGAAGAAGGUCAUCAGCGGGCCAUCAACCUCAACAACGCCUCUGUCGGCCUCAUCCUCUUCAUCACCAUCAUCAACGUCUUCAUCUCCUCAUUUGGCUUCAACUACAGCGUGUGACCAGCUCCCCAAAGACAUUCAACCUUAUUCCAGCUGAAAUACUGUAACCAUUACAGCCUGUGAACAGCUUCCAACGGUCCACCAAGUGUAUUACAGCUGGAAUUUUGUGACAAUCUCUAUCGUAAGCAGAUCAAAACUCCUUUCAAGUAAACCGAUCAUUUUUUUUUCUCUCGUUUCAAAGGCAGAUGGGGGACGAGAGAAACGAUUGACAAACACUAGGUGUCCUGAAGUUGUAGGGUAGACUCGGGUACAGUCCAUCAACUAUAAAUUCUUGUCACGUGACCAUAUGUGACAUCAUUACGUCCACAAACAGCGCACGUGGUUGUUGUUCCACCUGCCCACCCCUGCCUUCCAAUCGAUUCCUUAUUUUCCCGUGCAUAACCAAGAGCACUUAAGGUAAUCAAACCAUAAUUGAAGUAAUUGUUGCAGUGUGUGUGCAGUAAUCGCUCCACAACGAGGCUCAGCAACUCAAACAACUCGACAAAAUGUCAGAGAAACUGCACCCAGUGGUCGAUGUUUCCGACGGUUUCAUCAGCGCGAUAUAUAUUUCAUUUGUGUAAAGACCCAGAAAAUAACACCAAAUGUGUUUUAAAAUACUGAAGCAGCAUUGUAUUCACUAAACAUAUUGUACUUUAUAUUUAUUCAUUCCUGAUUUUGUGUGUAUGAGAGUGAGAGUGAGAGAGAGUGUGAGAGAUUUACCCCCGUCAAGUAUUACAACGACAAAAGCUAUUUUGAAUAUUUUCCAAUAUUUUACCAUAAUUUUUCUGUUGAUAAAACUUAUCAUUUGAUAACCCUUUUCAGAAUAUUUUUAUCAAUGAAUAAAAAACAAAUUUAGUAUUUUGAACAACUUACCUUGUCCAUUUUGUAUCGCAGAACACUGUUCUUUAAGCUAACCCUCAAAUUUUAAAUUUUUUUCCAGUUUUCUUUCGUAAGCAGCCCAGAUUUUCACUCAUUGUAGUGUUUAUUCAAUCCUUUUGUAAACAAACAAAUUCUCAAUUAUCGUUCAUUCUUUUAAUAAAGAAAACAGGUUCUCAGUUAUUAAGUUGUUUGUUCAUAGUAAACCUUGUUUCAUUGUUGUAUUUAUUCAAUGUUUUGUUUAAAUAGAAUAUUAUCUAAAUCGUCGAUGAGUCUAUUUACUGUCGGUAGUGUUUCAAAGGUUGUGUAAAGGUUUGAGUGUUUUAUUUUUCUGUUCAGCGUAGGAGGUAGUAGGUUCCUUGAUAGAUACCCUCCAUCACAGCACCCUGUCCUGCAAUUUCCCAGAGAUGUAAUAUGUUCCUGACCUGAAUGACGAGGAACAUCGUCCAUCGAAAAAACAAACAAGAAAAAUAAAGAGAAACUAUUAAAAAUA